AUAUCAAUACGACGAGAAGUUUUUAUUGCGCAAGUGAUUCUAAUUAAUUAAUGAGGAAAACAAAAUUUGAGGGUCGACGAGUUUUUUCUUUCUUUUUGCACAAAUAGCAAUACGUCAAUUAUUUAGAAAUAAUUAUAUUUGAAUUUAAUAAAUAAACCAGAAAUUAAAAAACUAGUCGAAAAAACGGAAAGGUGACGAAACAACUACAAAACAAUGGGAAACGCAGGUAGCAGCAAUUUGACAGCACGAGAAAGACAAAAAUCUGGUGAUAUGACAGGUAGUGCACCCAUUUCACCAAAUCAGCGACAUAGCGUUGGUGCUAAUGCAGCAGCCGAAGGCCAAGCAUUUGUUUUUGAUUCUAAAAAACCACCAGACACGCGCGGUAUUAUUCAACAAAUAUCACAGGACGACGACGAAACAUAUUAUACGACAAAAUCUAAUAUAAUGACAGAUUCAGAAUUUAAUGGAGUUUCGGCACGUCCAAGAUCGAAUACAGUAUCAGAAGGUGCUUCACGGACAAACUCCUCUGAAUCUGAAAAUGCAGCAAACGCUGAAGGCGAUAAAAAACCAGCCUUACCUACUGUAUUUAAAUGGGAUGGUGGUGGUAAACAGGUUUACAUUAGUGGCACAUUUUCAAACUGGAAAGCAUUACCGAUGGUAAGAAGUCAUGGAGAUUUUGUUACAAUUAUUGAUUUACCAGAAGGUGAUCACCAGUAUAAGUUUUAUGUUGAUGGUGAAUGGAGACAUGACCCAAAAUUAAAAAAUAUUGAGAAUGAAGCUGGCACUAAAAAUAAUUUAGUUUCAGUACGCCAAUCUGAUUUUGAGGUAUUUCAAGCUUUAGCCAAAGAUAGUGAAGACGCAGCUAAUCAAGCACAAAAAGAAUAUUCACAAGAUAUACCACAAAUUAAGCCAUGGGAAAAAAUUUCGGGGCCACCAGUUUUACCACCACAUUUGUUACAAGUUAUUUUAAAUAAAGACACUCCGCUAUCGUGUGAACCAACUUUGUUACCCGAGCCAAAUCACGUAAUGUUAAAUCAUUUGUACGCUCUUUCAAUUAAAGAUGGUGUAAUGGUGCUAAGUGCAACACAUCGUUAUAGAAAGAAAUAUGUUACAACAUUGUUAUAUAAACCGAUUUAAAGUGAAAACUAAAAAAAAUUAAUUAGGAAUGAAUCACCAUGAUAAUUAUUGAUUAUUCAUUUAACACGGUUUUAUUAUUUUCUUUCGAUUUAGCAAGUAAGAUUACCAAAACUAUUUUUAUAUGCAUUGCGCUAUUUUAGAAAUCAAUUUAGAAUUGGACAUGUGCUUUGUUUUUAUCUUAUAUUUUCAAAUAAACGUAUUUAGAGAAAACGUCGAAGGAUGUGAAUAAGGAUUAAAAAAAACGUAAAAUUUAUGUUAUUUUUUUUUUUUAAUUGGAAAAUUUUACAAUUCUUUUUAGUAUAGGAAAUUUUUGGGCGUUAAUUUUUGACAUUAAUUAAAAUAUUGUUUAUUAGUAAAACUUUACAAUAUUUAAAUUAAAGUAUCUUGUAAUAUUAAAAUUCAUAAAAAAAGAAAACGCUUUUUAGAUAUUCAUUAACAAAACAAAAAUAAAAAUUCAAAAACCAAUUUAUAUUUUCUAUAUAUUAAUUAUUAAUGA